AUGCUGAAAAAGGAGAAAAGAACCUGUUUUCUGCUUGAAUUAAUUAAUAGGCAAAUGAAAAUUUUGUCGGAGCCUAGAGAUAACGUGCACAUAUUUCCACCGGAUGGGAAUCUUCACAAAUCCUCAUAUCGAAGAUUUGGUCCCGAAAAAGAAGUUACUGGAAUUUCAGAGACAUCUGCUAUGUUAUCGCAAAUUAAAUUAAAAGACGAAUAUAAGCCGAUUGCUUGUCCACGACGUAGUUUACUCACAAUGCAAUCGCUCGCUUCAGCAGAGAAAGAUUACGAAGAAAAAAUAUUAAAAUUGACAGAUCUUCUUUUGGAUCCCAUGGACGAUUGUAAGAUGAAUUAUCGUACCACUACGAGCAGUGAUUAUCGGUUGCCUUAUCCUCUGAAACCAAAACCACCACCAUCACCACCACUACCUGAGCCGUGGUUAUUAAAUCGUCGUACUAUUGGUUAUAAUCUUCAGGAUUUGGAAAAUCGUUGCGGAUAUCAUACAUUUUUAGAUGAUAAUAUGGAUCUUCAUCAAAGAAUAGCAGAAUUGAAAAUGCAAAGAAAGCAAUUGUAUGAAAUUUUAACAAAUAGUAAACAUCAACAAAAAUCUAUUAAUGAUUAA